AUGGUACAAAAAUACAAAAAUACGCAAUGGACACGGGUUGAUUGGUCUCAAAUUGAAGUCACCGCAAAACCAGAAGACGUUAAGGCAACCUGGCGUGCUCAAAUCCCCGGCGACGUCUGGCUCACACCAAACUAUGCAUACCUCCAAAAGUGUCCAAAACUGGAUAACCCAAAAAAGGAUAAAUCGAUAAUCGAUCGCCGCAAAUUCAAGCUGAUCAUUAUGGACGAGACGGAUCGAGCUAUCGCUGACUCUCUUACCGAUUUCCAGCCAUCACCACUGGCCUUGACUGAGAAAUCUGAAACAGGAAUGUCGGAAAAAUCAAUCGAUUGGCUAUUAUCGUUCAGUUGGUUUUAUCAGAUAUUUCAAGAAGUUCAAAAAGGGCGGCGCCAAAAGAAGAAGAAACAAUUCUAUGUCCGAGUGAUUCCGGAGGUGGAUAUUGGAAAUGAUCGUGUUGAGGAGCCGAGAGUUUUGACGGAUGAGAUUUUUGAGUUUCUUCAUGUCGCUAGAAUUCAACAGGGAGAAUCGGAGAAUCAGAAUAUUCAACGCCAAAUUCGAACCGAUCUGAAACUGUGCAAGGGAGCAUUGCACACGAUUACACUUCCAGAAUUAUACGAUAUCAUGGAAAAGUUUGAUAUAGAUAAGAGCCAGUUUACGCUCAUCGACGACCCGGUCCACAUGAUAUCAAUGGAAGAUUGUGCUCGAACUGGGGUCCCAGUGAAAACGUUCAGUGCUGAAGGAGAGCCAAUUAUGAGUCAUAGUCAAGCGAUGCUCUACAUGAUACAAUCACUGAUUUGUGGAUUUCAAUGGUCCACAGCGACGCCAGCGGCCAGAGAAAACUGGGCGGACUACAUUCGAAAGUGUCGUUGGAGUUGGCCGGCGAACUGCUACCUGGAAGUGAAAGACGUGCUGCAUCAGAUAAUGUUUCUGAAGCAACAAAAACGAGCGGCUUUCGAGAAGCAAAUCAAAAUGAAGGAAUAUUUGAUCCUGGGAGUCAAUGGAGACCAAUAUCUCAAAUCUUCGAAGGCCUAUAAAACAUAUGCACAACAAAUUGGCCUACCCGAAAAUGCGUUUGUCGGAAAGUGUGCUCCAAUUUGGACGCUGAGAAUUCAUUCUGUCUACUCGGCACUCGAUCAUUUUGUCACGGAUUUGGAGGAUUGUGAUAUGAUCAAACGGCUGACAGUUGAGGGAAUAUUCUCAAUGAUGCCGGUCCAGCAUAAGGGAAUGUUUACCGAAUAUUUCAAUGGGGCUAAUAAGACGUUAGAUGCCGCAGAAGAGAUCCCGACGACGUCAAUUGAUUCAGAAGACUUCCAAAAGACUCCAGAAUCUCCAAAAUCUCCAGAGAAAAUGUCAGAGGAUUCACAAGACGUCCAGGAAGCUUUAGGAUUCCUAGACAAGAUUCAGAAGACCUCAGAGGAUUCAGAAUCUUCAGACGCCAAAGAAGAAGAGGAUCUUCUAAAAGAGACGCUGGAAUUGGAAGCGCUUCUGAAGGAAAUGGACCCUGACGACGAUUCUGAAAGCUACAGUAACCCGGAAAUCGAAACUACAGUAAUCCAGAAGCCAGAAGAGUCGGUGGCUACAGUAAUCCAGAAUACAGUUAUCCAGGAUAAUGUAGAGUUGCCAAAAACCGAAGAAAGCCUUGAUGGAAUCCUAGAGAAGUUGAUGAAGUUGGAGAUCUCAGCUACAGUAAUCCCAUCGGCUACAGUAACUCAAAUGACGCCAUCGGAAAGUGGGGUUCUCAACCUUCAGAUGAGCAAUGAUUCUGAAGACGUGGAUGCUGUAGGAACUAUGACUACAGUACCCUCUCCAUCUAGUGUUCCCGAUGAUCCGAGCUACAGUAACCCGAUUGAUGCUGAGCAGUUGAGAAUGGAAAUUGAGGAGAAGAAUGCGAGAAUUGAAGAACUGGAAUUGCUCAAUAAACAACUAUUGGAACGAGCUGAGCACAUGGGUCAGCUUUUAAGAUAUAAAGUCAAGCAUCAUGAGGAGAUUAUUGAUAAAUUUAUGAAGAGAAUGACUGCCGAGAACAAGGACUAA